UCUGAGAACCUCCUCACCCUCAUCCUCAUCACCCGGAGACAAUGAUGAAGAAGGACAUGGACCUGAGACUGGAGGAGGACCAGGACCUGAAGCCGCAUCUCCGCGACGCCGAGAGCAUCCUCAGCUCCCCGGACCUGGGGCUCCUGAAGCUUGCCUCCCCGGACCUGGGGCUCCUGAAGCUGGCCUCCCCGGAGCUGGAGCGGCUGAUCAUCCAGUCCCACGGGAUGGUCACCACGACCCCCACCAGCCCCCAGUUCCUCUACGGGAAGACGGUGUCGGACGAGCAGGAGUUCGCCGAGGGCUUCGUGAAGGCGCUGGAGGAUCUGCACAAGCAGAACCAGCUCAGCGGGGGGGACGGGCAGAUCCAGGGGGGCAGCCUGGACCUGGGAGGGAACCUGGUCCCGGGAGCCAACCUGGUCCCGGUGUCCCUCCAGCCGGACCUGCCGGUGUACACGAACCUCCACAGCUACGGCACCGGACCGCUGGGAACCUCCGUCAACUACACCACGGACACGGUCCCCUUCCCUCCUCCUCCUCCGGCCCAUCACCUGGGGGUCCCGCCGCAGCAGGGGGUCCCGCCGCUGAAGGAGGAGCCUCAGACGGUCCCAGACGUCCAGAGCUUCGGGGACAGUCCUCCGCUCUCCCCUAUGGACAUGGACUCACCGGAGCACGGGAAAGCCGAGAGGAAGAGGCUCCGGAACCGGAUCGCGGCCACCAAGUGCCGGCGGCGCAAGCUGGAGCGGAUCUCCCGGCUGGAGGACAAGGUGAAGUCCCUGAGGAACCAGAACUCCGACCUGGCGUCCACGGCCGACCUGCUCCGGGAGCAAGUGGCCGGGCUGAGGCACAAGGUCCUGAGCCAUGUGAACAGCGGCUGUCAGCUGCUGCCACACGAGGUCCAGGUGCACUAGUCCCGGGAACUGGGCUGCAGCGACCAGCACAGAAGCUCCAUGGACUCACUGGUUCUUCAUGUAUCCCUGAUGGGAGCUCUCCAGCUGGGACACGAGAUCCAGGCCACGUAGGCCGAACUGUACAGGAAUGACCGGCUGCUUUAAAACGCUCUCAACCGGGGGAACAUGUGGUAAAACACAACUAAAAGAUGAUCACAACAACAAUGAGACUUUCCUGUUGUAUUCGGCUCAUUUGGACAAGUUUUAUUAUCUAAAUGAAUUAUCAGAAUCCACAUGUUUUACCUGACGCGUCCGCCUGGUGGCGUAAAAGAGUCAACAUUGAGCAUUGGUUUAUUUAAGAAAAAAUAAUAUAUUGGUUUAUUCUACUCGAUGCCGAAAUAAAGGACAUGUGCUGUUGACAUGUUUUAUGUACAAAUUGCUGUUUUACCUAAUAUCUGUUUUUUACUGGGGAAGAAAGCAACUUUGAAUUGAUAGAUUUUUCAAUGGAGUAUGGCCAUGGGGUUUACAGAUGGGGGGGGAAAUAGGCACUUAAUGGGGGCUAUGUGCUCAACUUCAGUAACAGACAUUUCUUUCCUUGUAAACAUUUGUACAGACUGUCUUUUAAAGUCUUUGGACCAAGCAGAGUCACAAUAUUUCUAUGAUAAGAAUAUGCAUUGAGGCCCUGGAGACCUUAAUGUGUGAGGAACUGGCUGCGAGGAAGAUGCAUAUGCAAACCCACACUUGUUAUAUGAGGGAUAGAUCCUCAUAUGUGAUGUGACUUACAAUUUUUGCAUGUCGUUGACAAACUCGAAUGUUGCCCACAGCCGGGUGUCGCAGGGCACAACAAAUCAGUGUUUAUCAUCUUGAACCUUUGCAGACACUUGUAAUUAUCUAUUUUUACUCUUCUGUGUGCUACUUCAGUGUGUUUUCACUUCAGUAACCUCUUUGUUGCACUGACUGUUUGUGUGUAGCUCCAACCUACAGUCAUUCGGCUUU